AUGUUAGCAGCAAUAACGGCCGCAGUAGCAAUGGGCGCAGAGGCAACAAGUGCAGCAGCAGCAGCAGCAGCAGAAGUGACGACGAACGCUGUAGCAGCGACAGCAGCAGCAGUAGUACCAGCCUCAGCAGCAGCACUACGCAUGGCCGCAGCAGCAGCAGCAGCAGCAGCAGGCGUUGGUUCUGCAGCAGCAGCAUUGCUGUUUGCCUUUGGUGCUGCCGCUGCUGCAUGCAUGCGCCAAGCUGCAGCUGACGGAGCUGCGGUCAACUUGCUGCUGCCAGAUGCUGCUAUCUACAGGCAGCUGCUGCUGCGGCUCUCUCAGUGGAAAGAAUUCAGUUUGCUGCUGCAGCAGGAGCAGCAGCCUGCUGCUGCUCAAGUCGCUUUGGGGCAACUUGCUGUUGCAUGCGUCGCCUUCAAGCCCCAGCAAAUGGAAGCCCUGCAGCAGCAGCAGCAGCAGCAGCAGGAACAGCAGCAGCAGCAGCAGGAACAGCAGCAGCAGCAGCAGCAGCACGAGCAGCAGCAGAUUCCGGAUGGAGUUGCGAGCGGCUGCCGUGAUGAAAAUGUUUGCCAGCGCAGCAGCGGCAACAGCGCCAGCAGCAGUAGCAGCAGCAGUAGCAGCAGUAGCAGCAGCAGUAGCAGCGGCAGCAGCAGCAGCAGCCUCUGUGAGCUGCAGGACAUGGUAUUGCUGAAUGUCUUCAGAGCUGCUUCAGGACUCAUCGAAUGGAGCGCCCCAAACCCAGCAGCAGCAGCAGCAGCAGCAGCAGGAGCAGCAGCAACAACAGGAGCUUCAGGAGCAGCAGCAGAAGGAGCAGCAGGAGCAGGAACAGGAGCAGCAGCAGCAGGAGCAAGAGCAGCAGCAGCAGCAACAGCAGCAGCAGCACCAGAAGCAGCAGCAAAACUGGGGCGCCCCAGUCCACAUCUGCUGCAGCAGCUUCAAGUAGCAGCUCUUGCCAUUUGGUUUGAAAGACAAAAUGUCAAAAUAAAACUCUUGGGGGCCCCCCUGGGGGCCCCUCUGGGGGCCCCCCUGGGGGCCCCUCUGGGGGCCCCCCUGGGGGCCCCUCUGGGUCUGGGGGAGGCCCCCAGUGAGGUGGAGGCCUCCCGCUGCAGCAGCAGCAGCAAGGACCCGUUGCUGCUGCUGCUGCUGCAGCAAGUCAAAGCGCCGAAUGAAGACAAGCUCCGAGUCAGCAGCAGCAGCAGCAGCAGCAGCAGGUGGGGGCGCAGAAGCAGCAGCGAGCAGCAGGAGGAAGCUGCUGCUGCUGUCAAAGCUCUGGGGCUGCAUGCAAUUCGAGAAGCAGCUGUGGGGCCUUUUGCUGCUGAUUUGCUGCUGCCGUCUGUACACUGCGUCCUCGAGAUUGACGGCCCCAACCACUUUAUUAAACCCCCCAGCAGCAGCAGCAGCAGCAGCAGCGGUAAACAUAGCCGCAGCAGCAGCAGCAGUGGUAGUAGCAGUAAGAGCCGCAGCAGCAGCAGCAGCAGGACCAGUAGCAGCAGCAGCAGCAGCUGUGGGGUCUGGGGGUCUGCAGCAAUUGGUGAGAAGCAGGAAGCAAUUUAUUGUUUAAAAGCAGCACUGAAGCAGCGGCUGCUGCUUGCUGCUGGGCUGAGGGUGGUGAGGCUUUCUUUUAGAGACUGGCCGCAGCAGCAGCAGCAGCAAAUCAGAGCCCUGGCGGCGCUCUUCAGGCAGCUGCAGCAGCAGCAGCAACAGCAGCAACUGGAUGAAGAGCAGCAGCAGCAGCAACUGCAGCACCAACUCCACGAAGAACAGCAACAGCAGCAACCGCAGCAGCAGCAGCAACUGCAGCAGCAGCAACUGCAGCAGCAGCAACUGCAGCAGCAGCAGCAGCAACUGCAGCAGCAGCAGCAGCAGUGGGGCGCCCACUGGGCAGGCUGCGGCGGGGGCCUUCUGGUGUACAGACCCUACCUGUGCAAGCUGGCGCAAACCGUCCAAUAA